AAACAAACAAAAAAAAAAUGAGAAAGCUCAACAGCCAAAACAAACUAUUAUCCAUGAAUUCAUCUUCAUUUGACUCAUCUUCAUGGGUUAUACAUAUUAAGAGUUUCUUUGAAGAACAAGAGGUUGAAGAUGAUAUUGAUAAUGUUGAUGAAAACAACAUAAAUGUUUGUGUCUAUAAUGUCCCAAAGUCGCUUCGGGCUUUGAAGCCCGAAGCAUAUAGCCCUCAAAUCAUAGCCUUAGGACCAUACCAUCAUUGGCGUGAAGACCUCUAUGAGAUGGAGAGGUUUAAACUCAUUUGCUCAAAAAAAGUUCAAAAGGAAUUCAAAAACCUAAAAUUUGAAGAACUUGUGAAGAAGCUUAUGAAAAAGGAACAUCAAAUUAGAGGGAGUUAUCAUAAGUAUUUAGACAUGGGUGGAGAAGCCUUAGCUUGGAUGAUGGCCAUUGACGGCUUAUUCUUACUAGAAUUUCUUCAUGUUAAUGCUAAUAAAAACAAUUCUUUAGCUUCUGAAGCUAGAAUGUCGUUCUUGGCUAACGCCAUGGGAAAGAAAUUGUCUCAUAUUUCAAUCCUUAACGAUAUUUUAAUGCUUGAAAAUCAAAUCCCAAUUUUUGUAUUAAAAAAGAUCUUAAGUAUUCAAUGCUCACGUAAUUCCUCCGAAUUGGUUCAAAAUUUGUUACCUUCUAUGUUAAUGAGUGUUUGUAAGGAACUUUCUCCUCUUGUUUUAAACGAAAAAUACCCAAUUUCAGAAGCUAUUUGUCGUUCACAUUUGUUAGAUCUUUUUUACCAUCUUAUGGUUCCGAGUCUAGACCUAAGAGAAGACAAAAUUUUCUCCAUGAAGAUAGAUGAUGAUGAAGAUGAUCCAAACACCUCAUCGUUUGGUGAGCAUAAAGAGGUAUUUACUAAUACAUGGGAAAUUGCCUCUAAAUUAAAACAAAUGAAGAAACUCCAAAAUAUCCUUAGUCUAAAACCCUUUAAAUUUCUUGCAAAAUUACCAAUAAAAGUCCUUUCAAAGUUACCAAUUGUGUCAGCCAUGACACCCAUGUUAGAAAGCAUGUUUCUUGGAGAUACCAAAGAAGAUCAAAGCAAGAGUAAAAAUGGUGGAAAUGAAGAAGAAAUUCUUUUAGUAGAAGAAAUCAUGAUUCCUUCUGUUACAAACUUGUGUGAUGCAGGAGUAGAAUUCAGUCCAACAGAUGGAGAUAUUUCGACCAUCCGAUUCGAUCACAAGAUGAAGAUCUUUUAUCUUCCUGUGAUUCGUGUAGAUGGAAAUACAGAAGUUUUGAUGAGAAAUCUUAUAGCAUUUGAAGCAUCAACAAAAUCAAAUGAGUUGGUAUUAGCAAGAUUUAGUGAGUUAAUGAAUGGGAUUAUUGAUACAUCUAAAGAUGUGGAAAUUUUAAGGAAGAAAAAGAUAAUAAUAAGUCGUUUAAGAAAAGAUGAAGAUGUGGCAAAUAUAUGGAAUGGAAUGACUAAAGCUAUUAGAUUAAGUAAAGUUGGGUUCAUUGAUGAAGCAAUUAAAGAUAUUAAUGGGUAUUAUAAAAAUAUCAUUAAGAGGAAAUUGCAUAAAAUAAUGAAAAGGUAUGUGUAUAAUUCUUGGAGGAUUCUUGUGGUUUUGGCUACUCUUUUACUCUUGGCUUUGAUGGUUCUUCAAUCGUUUUGUACCGUUUAUAGUUGUCCUCGUUUCUUCAAUAUUGAUAUUGAUGAUGCUAAUUCUACUAAUACUAAUUAAUAAUUAUAUUAAGGUUUUAGUUUUAAUCAAUAUUACUAUUUGAUGUUGUUAAUGAUAAUGGUUACUCUUGAUCAUGUAUGAUAUAUAUGUAGUUGCUUUGGUUUGUGCAACUUGAUUGGAAUAAUCUGAUCUAAUUUCGUUUGUAAUCAAAGUUUGGUAAUUUUUGUCUUUGAA